CACCCUUCGACGCUCCAAAUGGGGUAUUAUUCCAGGACAUGUCCUCAGGCUGAGAUAAUUGUGAAGGAGGAGGUUGCCAAGGCUUUAGCCACUAAUUACGGCCUUGCAGCUGGCCUUGUUAGAAUGCAUUUUCAUGAUUGCUUUGUCAGAGGCUGUGAUGGCUCAGUUUUAAUUGAUUCGACACCCAAUAACGUGGCGGAGAAAGAUGCCCCGCCGAACAACCCAAGUUUGCGGGGCUUUGAAGUGAUUGAUAAUGCAAAGAAGCGCCUUGAAUCUGCUUGCAGUGGAACUGUAUCAUGCGCUGACAUCCUCGCCUUCGCUGCUAGAGACAGCGUGCAGUUCAGUGGAGGGCUCCCAUACCAGGUCCCAUCCGGUCGUAAGGACGGAGUAAUCUCCCGUGCUAGUGAGACCACAAGUCUUCCUCCUCCGACCUCCGACCUGAGCCAAUUGACGCAGAUGUUUGCCAAUAAAGGACUUAGCCAAGGGGAGAUGAUCACUCUCUCGGGAGCACACACCAUUGGCCGCUCCCACUGCGCAUCCUUUAGCAAGCGCUUGUACAACUUCAACUCGACAGUUAGCCAAGAUCCAAGUCUUGAUCCCUCGUACGCCUCACAGCUAAAACAACUGUGUCCGAAUAACACCACCAGCGCCAACUUGACCGUACCAAUGGAUCCGCACACCCCGAGUCUAAUGGACACCAGUUACUACAGUGGCAUUCUGGCAAGUCGUGGACUCUUUAGCUCUGACCAGGCUCUUCUGUCGAACACUUCAACUGCCGCGUUGGUGCAGCAAAUUGCACGCAAUUGGUUGCUAUUUCAGAGCAAGUUUGUGGCAGCCAUGAUCAAGAUGGGGCAAAUUGAAGUGCUUACUGGAAGUAAUGGACAGAUACGGGCUAAUUGCAGGAGCAUUAAUGGAUGA